UAAAUAAAUAAACAACCCCCCACCCCCAAUCCUGUCUGUGCAGGGCCAGCAGCAGCAGCAGCAGCUAGAGAGAGAGAGAGACAUACGGGGCGGGCUGGGCUUUGUUAUUAGCCUACAUGGCGGCGGCUCUGAGAUGAUAGGAGCUUCUCCUGCAUGGCUGCUUUACUGCUGACCAGGAGGAAGAGGAAAGAGGAAGAGGAGGAGGAUGGAGAUGAUGUGAUGAUUACAGCGGCAGUAGUAGCAGUAGUGGAGCGCGGGAGCUGAGCAGGUCGAGGAGGAGAGGAAGAGGAGAGCGAGGAGAAGGAGGAAGAGCAGCAGCAGCAUCAGGAGGAGGAGAGGAGGAGAGGGAAGAUGGCCACCAUGAGGCUGCUGACGGCGUCAGGUCUGUUUCUGGCCUUCUGCUCGCUCGCGCUGCUCGCCGUGGCCAUCGGCACGGACUACUGGUACGAGACGGACGCGCGCAGACACCGCGAGCGCUGCAAGAAGUACGCCAGCAAGAGGACGGACCCCGGCUACAUCUACAUCUCCAACCAGAACCUGCCCCUGCGCAUGCUGCCCCGGGAGGGCGGAGGGGGCAGCGGCGGGGUGUCCGGACUCCAGCCCGCUCUACUCCGGGCCAAGCGAGACUUCCUGCCCCCCGCCUCGGCCGUGGAGUCCCGCUGCAGCCGGAGGUACAACUCCACAGCCACCGGGCUCUGGAGGAAGUGCCACAGGGAGGGCUUCGACCAGGAGAACGAGGACCUCAUAUUUAAAGGUCUGCUUCAGCGCUGCACACCGGUGAAGUAUUACUACUCCUCGUCAAAUAUUCCACGCAAUCUCCCAACGAACAUCACAAAAACAAUACGACAAGACGAGUGGCACGCUCUGCAUUUGCAGAGGAUGACUGCAGGCUUCAUAGGAAUGGCAGUAUCCAUCAUCCUGUUCGGCUGGGUCAUUGGAGUGCUGGGCUGCUGUAAGCACAAUGAGCUGAUGCAGUAUGUAGCUGGGCUGCUCUUUCUAAUGGGAGGGACCUGCUGUAUCAUCUCUCUUUGCACAUGCGUGGCUGGUAUAAACUUCGAGUUGUCGCGCUACCCUCGCUACCUGUACGGCCUGCCCGAGGACAUCAGUCAUGGAUACGGCUGGUCCAUGUUCAGCGCCUGGGGGGGCCUGGGCCUCACACUGCUGGCCGGCUUCCUCUGCACGCUGGCCCCCUCUCUCCACAGCCCACAGACCACCACUGUACACAAACCUCGGCAGGAGAACGGCAUGGUGUGACGGUCUUAACGGGAUAACAUGUACUGAACUAACUAACAAACAGACAAUUACACACACACACACACAUACAUACACACAUACACACAUACAUAUGUACUGGAGGAUUUACUCACAAAAAAGCACAUGAACCCUCAUAAACACACACACACACACUCCUUACAGAGAGGAACCAGGACCCUGUGUGCCCCAUAAAACCAUAACAGGCGAUGGUUGGAUUUACGGGGACAGAAAAUAAAAGAGUGAAAAUAAACACAGGAACAGGAGCUGAACUCAGUGUGAGCUGCACAGAAACAGAGGAAUUUACCGACGAGCACAAAGAGACAGAGACCGCUUUACUCCUAAAGCCCUCUUUUAUUCUAGAUAUUUUUCUGUUCAUAUGGUGCUCUCUUUCUCUCCCUCUUUCUACAUCUCUCUUUCUCUCUCUUACCUCUCUCUGUCUUUUCUGUCUCUCUUACUUCUAUCUCACUCUUUUUCUCUCCAUCUCUAGUUCUCUCUAUGUUCCUCUGUUUCUCUCUCUGUCUAUUUCUCCCUAUGUUUCUAGUUCUAAAACUCUCUCUGUUUUUUACAUUUUCUUUCUUACUCUAUACAUGUUUUUUUCAUAUCUCUAGUUCUAAAACACUCUGUUUUUCAUCCUUUCUCUCUAAUUUGCUUUUAAUUUCUGUCUCUGUCUAUUUCUUUCUCUAUGUGUCAAUUUCUCAUGCUCUGGCUAAGUCUCUCUCAUGCUUUCUUUGUACAUCUUUGUCUGACACUGAUGUCUCUCUUUUUCUCCUUAUAUUUCUCAUGCUUUCUACGUCUCUAUCUAUUUCUAUCUGUCAAUUUCUAUUAUUUCAUACUCAUAUAUUUGUCUCUUUCUCUCUAGGCCUCUGUCCACAUCUCUUUAUUUCUCUCUUUCUAUUUCUUUCUCUCUCUCUGUCUCUCUCUCUCUCUCUCUCUCCAUGCCCGUGUCCCAGUCUUUUUCCCCAAAGGAUUUCAAAGUGGAUUUCAGUCUCAUAUGAUGACAGAUUAAUCUUUUAGUUGAAUAAAAUGUUGCGUGUUUUGACAUUGCCUGCUGCAUAGAAAAGAGGUAAUGAAAAAAAGAGAAAACAAGCAAAGAAACAAACAAAAAAAACCUAAACAAAAGAAACACUAUUUCAAGUGUCUUCCUGUACAUGUUCUUUCAUUUGUGGUUUAACAACGUUAUGACAAGUAAAAGACCAGAGUAAGAGCACAAUUCAGAGAGGAGGAGUUGAUGUUUAAUGAGUGUUAUAAGACAGUCUCUUCCUGAUGCAAUGUGUGACUGCGUACCUCUGUCUCAAGUCUCAAGAGACUGAAAAGCAGUAUUGCGAGGCUUUGGGAGGAAAUUAUUUGUUUUGACAUGAUUAAUCAAUUUGUUUUGUAAUAAAACAUUCAUAAAUUA